AUGCCAGCGGAUUGUGAACCUGAUGUUUUGAUCUCUGGAACCUUAGUGGUUCUCAAAUUCUCCCCACUUUUCUCACUACCAUUUUUCAUUUUUGCCGGGUAUGUGUUGGCCUACAAAUCGAGUAAACACCUGCAACCAUCAAAACGAGCCUACGGUUAUUUUUUGAUAUGCAAAUAUCUCAGCUUAUUAUUCCUUUCCUCUGGAAUCGCACCUAUAAUACAUACUCAUGCAUGGGGAUUCCAUGCUACAGGAUUCCUUCGAUUAUUUGAUUUGUUGAACCCUAUGUGGUCGAUUAUUAUCACUAUGUAUGGGCAUUUAGUCAUGCUAUUCUUUCUGGUCCAAGUCAUUAACACCCGGUGCGAAGCUAUUGAAAAGCUGGCAGUUGUGGCUUUCGAGGAGGAGAAGAAGAUGUUUUUCUUGAUCAGAUGCCUUCUGAAAGUUCUCUAUUUUUUUAUUCUUUUCUCAUUUUGGUGUCUUCUUCUAACACUUGGAUUCGGAGAAGGAGAUGUGCAACGAAGGUUGAGAGGUGCAGUGGAAAAGACAACAGUAAAAAUCAAUUGCUCAUCUUUCUUUUUCCUGGACACCGAAUCAUGGCGUCUUGUGAUAUCGAUAAUAUCGAUUGUGUUCUUGCUGGUUAUUUUUCUCAUCUUCUCCAUUGGAUACCUAUCAGGAGUCUACAGUAUCCUGAAAAAGUCAAAAGCAAAGAUCUCAAAAAAGUUCUGGAAGAUCCAAACCGGAUUUUUGUCGUUAUUGGGGAUCCAAGUUGUCCUGCUAUUUUGUUUCUUACUGUUUCUACCAAUAUGCUUCCUGGCUUUGAAGACACCAGGUUCUGAGUCCACAUCCCUCACAAUUUUACUGUUUAUCGCUCAUCACGGCACAAUUUCCACUAUAAUUUUCAUAGUGGCACAUCGAUUCGUGAGAUCGCGUAUUCUUAGAACUUACAAUAAUUGUGUUCCGAAAUCCCGACGGAUCGGAAUCAUUGUGGACGCGGAUCGUCUGGAUAUACAUUCAACACCGCAAGUUCAAGUGUUUACGGUUAUCGUUGAGAAUACUUCUGUCUGA